UAAACAACACAUUAUAUAUGUCGAGACUCGACUUCCUCUUCUCAGCAAAACACCGAAAUAGGCUCAGCUCCGAUCUUCUUCUCCCCGUCGUCGGAAAUCCCCAACUCCCUUCCUGUGUCCCUCCGGAGCUGAAACCUCUACAUCUCCAACAAUGCCGCUCAGGAAAUUGGUGGAGGUGGAGCCGCCGAGCAUACUGAGGUACCUGAUCGGAGUGGCGAUCAUGAUGAUCGGAGUAGUCUUACCCGUCGGUUACAUGAUGUUCCGUAACAAGCGCGUUCCUUCCGCCUCUUCCUACUCCAAACAGACGUAGGAACAAAGUUUUGAUUUAGACAAAUUGGAAAUUACGAAGGAGGACUCCGGUUUCGUUUUUUUUUUUUUGGUUGUUGUUGAGAAGUGGAGAGAGCAGGCAGGGAUUGAUGGGAAGCUACAUUACGUUAGAAAUGUAAAUUUUAUUGAGAAUUGAAUAUGUUAUAUGGUUUCGUGUGGAGUUCUGGUUAGAUUUUUGUACAAUGAUAUUUGACUCUGUAUUUUUACUGCUGGAUUAGAUUGAUGAUGCUUAUCGUAUA